AUGCAUCGGGGAAAUCCAUAUUUGAGCAAGAAACCUGAUUUCGCCAGAUUGGCUUCCCGCUUUCCCGACUUCGCUCAGUAUGUCACAGUGUUCGAGGAGGGGUUUGCGUCUAUAGACUUCCAGGACCCCUCUGCCUUACGCUCCUUGACUAAGUGCUUGUUGAAAGAGGAUUGGGAUUUGGAUGUGGAUUUACGGGAAGAUAGGUUGUGUCCCACUAUCACCAACAGGCUCGACUACCUCCUUUAUGUGCUCGACCUGGAACCGUACCUACCCUCGUCAUCUUCCUCAAAACCAAUACGUGUACUGGAUACAGGUACAGGUGCAACAGCGAUUUAUCCCAUACUACUUCAUCGACUGAGACCCAAUGCCAAAAUAACAGCAACAGAACUCGACCAGGUAUCGCAUGAACACUCCCUCUCAGUGCUCACGCAGAACUCCAUCCCAACAUCAUCCAUCGACGUGUUACGUGCACCUUCCUCAGGUCCCAUCUUAUUCCCCAUAUUAGAUGACGAAGUGCUAGAAUGGGAUUUGACGAUAUGUAAUCCACCGUUCUUCGGAUCAGAGGAAGAGAUAAGGGAGGGCCAAGAAGGCAAAGAAUUGGGUGCUCAUGCGGCACCCACAGCUGCCAAUAACGAGCUGAUCACACCAGGAGGAGAAGUAGCCUUUGUAGGUAAGAUGAUAGAAGAGAGUCUGAAGAUUGGUGAGAGAUGUCGGUGGUACACAUCCCUGAUAGGCAAAUACGCUUCCUUGUCAGCCUUAGUGGAACUUCUCAGACAGAACAAGAUUGACAACUACCUUUUGAAAAGUAUCAAACUGUCGAAAACUACCAGAUGGAUAUUGGGUUGGUCCCAUUCAUCGAUCCGUAUACCAGAUAAUAUCGCUAGACCAGAAGAAGUCAUUCCCAAUACCUCCUUUACUCGACUAAUCCCUCAGCCGAACACGUUUACACAUAAACCUCAGCCGGCUAUACCGAUCGAAGAACUCAGGCAGAAGGUGCUAAAUAUAUUACAGAGUAUCUCGCUGCAUUAUGAGCCAAUAGAUGGAGACGAGGAAGGAAACGGAGUCAUAAUAGAACCCAUAAAUAAUACAUGGUCGAGAGCUGCUCGUAGAGCAUUAGCACGCCAGGUUGGACAACCUGAUGAACAAGGAGAGGACGACAAAGGUAACGAAAGUCAGAAGGAAGCUCAAAAUCCAAUGUUCAGAGUUAGAAUCCAAUUCAUACCGCCCUUAACAGCUAAGGACUACUCAUCGAUCUCAUUAGACUGGUUAGAAGGUAAAGAUCGAUCAUUGGUAGAGAGUCUGUGGAAGUUCUUAUUGAAUAAAGCGGAAUUAAUAGGCAAGAAAGAUCAUGUCGACUCUGGCUACAGAGGGAGCUUGGGGGAUGGUGUUGAUACCUGGCACAGAGGGAGAGGGAGAGGGACCGGUAGAAGUAGGGGAAGGGGUGGAGGGGUAGGAAGGGACAGGAAUGAGGAGGAUAGUAUGAAUGAAGGGAGGAGAUAUGGUCAAAGGAAGAGACUGGCUUAA